UAGUUUCAAUGUAUCCCUUGCAACCGUGGCUUCCACAGCCAGUUUAAAUUAAUUUUAAACAUUCGUGAAAAUAUCUGUCAUUGCUGCGGUAAAGUCAGCAAUUUAAGCGAAUUAGUAAAGCCAUUUAGGUGUUUUCGUUUGUGCAUGCUAAAGACAGAUUAAGUAAAACCCGCCGAAGUCAUUUGGCUGGAUAAAAAAAUCUGUUCAACCGACAGACAAAGCUACGCUACGGUCGUCAGCGGCAAAGUGCGCUGUGCCGACCGACUGAGAAUCAUCGUACGCGAGCGAGUUUUUUCGCGUUUCAGUUUGGGUUUCAUUUACCUGCGCGCAACACCCCGUCGCUAACGCGGAACAGUGCUUUGCGUCCUGUGCCUUGCGUCUAGGGAAAGUGUCCACCGGAGGGACUGCAAGCGGGCCGGGAGCCUUGUAAUCGACGCCUGGCGAACGUGAAACUACGUAAGCGAAGGCGAAAGCGGCCCUUUUCUCUCAAGAGGCAGUGAACGCGCUUUUUUAAUCCGGUUCCGCGGCUCUCCGCCCGAGUGUUCGCCUGCCUCCGGGCCAGAUAGUCAGUGCUCCUAUUCAGAUCCGUAGGCCGCGGCAACAGUCAGCACCCUGGAGAAACAAAACAAGCGGGCCCAGCUCAUACGGGACAAGAUGGUGCUGGCCGAACGCAACACCACGGACGUGGUGCGGAACGGACGACGCUCGCGCGGCCCCAGCCCAAACACUCACACCACCGCCGUGGGUGGCGUGGCCAACAGCACCAGCCUUUCCAGCGGCGGUGGUGGACCGGGCGGUGGCAACUCGGCAAAUGCGGCAGCCAUUGAUAAGGCCGCCACGGCCGUGCCUGGGGCGGGAACGCCGGAGAGCUCUGACGAUGAUAACUCCACAAAGCGGAAUGGCAAGUCGAAGGCAAAGCAGUCGGAGUAUGAAGAAAAGAUUCGUGUCGGCCGCGAUUAUCAGGCAGUGUGCCCGCCCCUUGUUCCCGAGGUGGAGCGUCGCCCGGAGCUGAUGAAUGAGCGUGCCCUCUUGGUUUGGUCGCCCACAAAGGAGAUCCCGGACUUAAAACUGGAGGAAUACAUCUCAGUGGCUAAGGAAAAGUACGGAUACAACGGCGAACAAGCCCUGGGCAUGCUCUUUUGGCAUAAACACGAUCUGGAACGAGCAGUGAUGGAUCUGGCCAACUUCACGCCCUUCCCUGACGAGUGGACCAUUGAGGACAAGGUUCUGUUUGAGCAGGCUUUCCAGUUUCACGGGAAGAGCUUCCACCGCAUCCGCCAGAUGCUCCCAGACAAGUCGAUUGCCAGUCUUGUGAAAUACUACUAUUCGUGGAAGAAGACGCGCCAUCGUAGUAGCGCCAUGGAUCGGCAGGAAAAGACUAUCAAGGCGGCCGUCAAGGACGGCUCGGAAAAUGGGAGCGAGGUGGGGAGUAAUGAAGAGUCGGACAAUGAUGAUAAGAAGGGUCUCAGCUAUGCCGUCGUCAGUACCGCCGGCUCCAACAAUAGCACCAACAGCAACGCCGCCAAUAAUAAUAGCAACAUUAACAACAACGCCAACAACAACAACAAUAACAACAACAACAGCAGCAACAAUAAUAACAACAACAACAGUAACAACAACAGCAGCAGCAGCAGCAACAACAACAUCAUCAUCAGUAACAACAGCAACACCGACAUGGAGCCGGAUCAGCUGUGCAUCUUCUCGACCAGCACCCAGGGCGACGAGGUUCUAGGCUUUGGCCUCUCCUCCGAAGGCGCCACAACCAACGGCAACGCCAACGCCAGCGGAAACAGUGGCGGCGAGGUCGGCGGCGAUCCGAAUUCGCCCCGUCGAGUUGUCGUGGGCGGGUUUUGCAAGACUUGCAACGUCGUGUGUCACGUUCUGUUCGAUUCACCGCUGGGGCGCAUGUGCAAGAGUUGCCACACGCACUGGAGGCGAACGGGCAAUAGACGCCCCAUAUCCGGGCCGGAGAGCAAUACUCCUCGACGUUCUACUCACAACAGCGCAGCGGCUGCCGACCGCUCCAAGCGCAAGCCGCCGAAGGGAAUGUACAUCAACCACGACGAUCUCACCGCUCUUGCGAGCUGCAGGAACCCAAGCGUAUAUCUAGCCGAACGCGACCGGAAAAUCAGCGCCCUCAUGGCAGAAAUACAGAAAAACCGGCAGCUAAUGGAGCAGUUAGAUAAGGAGUGCGACACCAUCAAUGUCGAUGAUGUUGUCUCCAAGCCGACCGCCCCCAACGCAGAGACGGCCACAGCACAGCCCCGCAUCUCCAGCCGCUGGUCGCCAGAUGAGAUCCAGGUGGCUCUUUUGGCAUUUCGCGAGUACGGCAAGAACUAUCCUAUGAUUGCCAAGUUGGUUGCUACCAAGACAGAGGCACAUGUGCGCACUUUUUACUUGAACAAUCGUCGCCGUCACAAUCUCGAUCAGAUCGUGAAAGAGUACGAGGCUGGUAAGUCCGAGGAUUCUGGAGCAGAGGAACAGGCUGAACCGGGAGUCGAUGGAGCAGCUGCAGUGGCCAUGGGAGCAGCAACCGCGGUACCCGGUGCCGUUGAUUCAACUCCAGCAGCUACGAAGCCGUCCGCCGAUGCCAGCAACAACGGGGGCGAAUCAACCCAGGAGCCGCUGGCCAAGAAGGAGGAUAAAAAGAAGUCAGAGCUGGUGACUGGUACUCCUAAACCCAGCGGAGGUGAAGAAGCAGCUGGCACUGAAAGCCCCGCCUCCGCUCUGGCUGGCAGUUCUAUUACUGUUGCAGCCUCGGCCACAGAUGCCGCCGGGCUCAAGUCGAGCACUGCCACGAUUACCAUCACCGACGAAUCCGACACUGCCACUAAUUCCAGCAGCGAAGUGAUUGCCAGUGGCUCUACUGGAGCCGCCGCCAGCAGCGCUAUUACUGCGUCCGCAACCAAGCAGCAAGCCGUGGCCAGCAGCGAUGAGUCGUCCGCCCCCAAGUCCAUAUCCACGGGCGGUACAACUGGAGCAGGCUCAGCGUCGAGUCCUCCUACCAACCUCAACAACAAGCGAGAGAGUGCCCCCAUGAACGUGGCUGACCAGCCGCCGGCCAAAAAGAUCGGGCUAAGUCCCGCCGUGGAGUUCGCCGGAAAGUAAGGACACACAGCGGCACUGGGGAUGUGUGACGCGCGAUAUAUAUGCACACAUUAAUAUAUACCGAUAAGCAUUGCUAAUAGUUGGGUAGCGGCCACGAAGACGAAGUGCUCAGCUAGCUGGGCGGAUUCCUUUUUUUCUGACCUAUUGAAUCGGCUAAGUUAAAAUUUUUCUUUGUCUUCAGUACUUGGGACGCAUUUAUUAUACACUAAAAAAGCAUCACGGUUUGAUCUAGAUUUAAAUAUGUUAGUUUAUUUUUUGAUACCGGUAAAAGUGAGUCUAUCUGAUGAGUUGCAAAACGCUUCGACCAAUGGAUCUUUUAGGAAACUGUGGCUGCACACUUUCCUGUCCCGAUGGCCCAAUGGCGGGCCUACGAAGACCACACACAAACCUAAUGAGUAGAAUAUGCAACAGUGGAAGAGUUACUACAAACGGAUGUAGUAUUAAAAUAAUUUUAAUAACGAAUUAUAAGCGUGUAAAUUAUAAACCUUUUUUUGUGAACUGUAACUUAGCGUAUAGAAUACUAUCUAGGGCAGGCCUUGAAAUGCAACACCCAUCAUUUCAUAGAGCGGCCAGCCACAUGAAAAAUAGCAGCACGCGAUGGAAAGUUGCGCACUCCUGUUCGGAACACUACGCACUGUAACCUAUCUGUGGCAGAACUGCGAGCUCGUUGUGGCCUGCCACCCCCGUAAGAGAAAUUAUUAAAUAAUUUAGCGUGAAGUCCGCGUUGCUACAUAUUAAGUUAUGGGAAUAAACUUUAUGUCUGGGUUUUUAAGAAGGCACUUUUUUUUUUUUAAUAUUUUGAUUUUUAUCUAAUGUAUUUGACUUUCUGCACGACAUAUUAAGUUCUGAAUAUUUGUAUACCAAAGUUGAACACAAACUUGAAAACUUUACGACUUUGGGCAGGUUUGCAUGUUCCCGCGCCUUAACCUAACUAUAUUCUCUUAUUUUAUGAGCGUAAAAUACAUAGAUAAUGUAAAAAAUUCAAUAAAAUGUGUAUUAUUUCAAAUAAA